CCCGCCGGGCCGGCGCGGGGGGACCCCGGGCACCGGGGACCCACCCGCUGCUUCGGACAGCCCUGGAAAGGGCACGGGCCCGUCCCCCCGCGCCCUUGUCCCGGCCGGGCUCCGCAGGGCCGGAGCGCUCGGGCACCGCGGCCCCGGGGAGCGCUGGCAGCACCUGCGGGAGAUGCGGGCCUCCGAGCGGAGGCCGCGGGCUGCCGGGCACGGGGUCCGGGCAGUGCCGUCCCGGCGGUUCUGCGUCUGCCGGGGCCGGGAAGGUAGAGCUCGUCCUCUCUGCCCCGAGCCGCCAUGGAGGCAGGUGUGGGUGUUGGUGAUGUUCCCGGCUUCCCAGGCCCUGUGGACCAGGAAAGUCUGCCCCUGGGAGGCGUCUGAGCUACGUUCUGGUGUCCCCCCAGUAUAACCAUGCUAAGCCAGGCUGAGGUGUUCAAGGAGAAAGGAUCGUCGUGGCAGGGAAGCCCACGUGGUCUUCCUUGUGUCUCAUCAGCACUCAAGUAUCCAAAACCAGGUGUGCCAUGUUAAAUACAAGUGUGAGAAACCACUUACUGUGUCCCCCUGAACAGUGUUGUACCCGCGGUGAAGUGCAUGGUAGUCCUGUGAUCCCCUCAAGCAUGUGGAACCAGCAGGAGCUGUGCUCCUCAGACGCUGUGCAGUGCAGGCCAUGUCUCCCACGAAUGGUGAUGGUCUUCCCAGUCUCACUGCUGGCAUGGCCUGUGCUGCCCAGGGCUGGCCUGGGUGCUUUGGGUUUCAUGGUGUUAUGGAUGAAAUUGCCAAUCUAAUCGAAUCAAUAAUUUGCAAGAGCCAAAUUAUGAUAUAAUUACAAAGUAUAAAAUUUAUUUUGCGAUCAAAUGACAAAAUUUAGGUCAGCCACGAAUCGGACAGAGUCUAGCCCGGGAAUAGACCCUGGGUGACACGCUGCGCAGCUCUGAGCCCUGGUAGCUUCAGAGUGCAGCGGCACACCACUGCGAUUUUGAGUUCAGUUCUUAUACUCUUUUUCUUGCUGUGGGCCAGGAUGUCCUUUGUCCUUUUCUUAAUCAAGUAAGUCCAAAAAGCUUCUCCCGUCCAGGAGAAUGCUGUCAGAUGAAAGAUGGUCCAGCUCUCGAUGUCUUGGGAAUAAUUCAUUGACUUCUUGUCUUGUGCUAGACACAGCUCAAAUCCUCAUGUUUACAAUACACAAAAUCCCAUGUCUAAAGAGAUACCCCAGUUAAACAGUCCUGAAACAUGAUAAACAGUCCUCACUGGAAAUCCCUUUUCAUACUAAGGGAUUUCCCAGAAACAGAUUACAAGUCUGAAUGGUAUUGUAUCCCUCCCUCCGGUCGUCAGCAGCCAGGUGUGCUGCUGAUGGUGUAAUUCUUUACUCAACCAAAACCUCGAAACUCUGUGCUACUGUUUUACUUCACAUGUAAAUGUGGUUCUUCUGUGUGGAUAUACGUGUUGAUCAAUUUCUCAAUCUUGCAGGCUACUUUUCCUUGGUUUCCUUAAAACAUGCCCAGACAAGAUUCCUCAUGGUAGAAUUCAACCUUUUAACUCCUGUAACUAUUUCUAACUUAUUUAUAUCAUACUUCAUAUUUAUAACUAUAUUACAUUUACUAUAACAUUUAUUAUUUUAUGAAUUUUGACUCUAUUCAUAACAAUGGGAUGCACGUGCAGCCUCUACUAGGGUGUAUGAGGGUUCAUGGUGACAUACCACUGAGUGUAUGUUCCACAUCACAGGGCUGGCUCUGCCAGCACCUUCAGCUUUUUGCCUGGCUACAGCUGAUGAAAUGCGCGUGUAGCCCAGCAGCUGCAUGUGAUGCUUGCACAUGUAGCCCAGCAGCUGUAGCUGUGGGAUCAUGGUUGUAUGUGUGUGUAUAUAUGUUAAUUAUUUCCUAGUUUGCUGAAUUUGAAAUUAAUGGAAGGUGUUUCAGUCCCCCUAAGCAGGUUUUGUUGUCCAUUUGGUUUAUUGUCAUCGCCAGAAGAGCUUGUCUCUCGCAGCUGCUGAAUAACUGGGAUAUGAUGUACUGGAGUGUGUCCAGCAAAGGGCUGAUGAUUAAGAGACUUCUGCAACUGUUAUACAAAGAGAAGCCAUGAGUGCUGGGACAGUUCAGCCUGGAGAAGACUCCAGGGGAUUUUGUGAGUGGCUGAAAAUACCUAGUGGAGGGAAUAAAGGAGACAGAGCCAGAGGUCUUCUCAGUGGUGCCCUGUGGUGGGACUAGGGGCAUUGGCGGUCACACACUGAAGUACAAGAGGUUGCAUUUCCAUGUGAGAAAACACUUGUUUUUUCUGAAAGUGCUCAGAUGCUGGCACAGGUUGCUCACAGAGGUUGUGUAGUCUCCAUCCUUGGAGAUACUGAAGCCUCAUCUGGUUGACUCUGCUGGUGCAAGGGUUGGCCUGUGCCCACCAGCUUCAGCUCUCUUAUGCAUUUGGAUCGCGUUGUCUGAGCAGAACGAAGCACACACACCUUAUAAACUGGGUGCCCUUUGUCAUUAUGGUGAGUGUUGACUAUCAGAGUAUUAAGAAAAAGAUCUGGCUGCAGGUUGAAGGUAGUGUUGACCUAGUGACUUCUACCUUCUCCUGCCCCUCACACCCCUGCCAGUGUCCCUGGAUCCAGGAAGGCAAGGCAGGGAAUGCUCCUUCAGCACAAGGUGGUGACUGCUCAGGAGCCUCAGCAGUGAUCAGAAUGUGCCACACGCUUGAAACUGAGUUAGAGAGGAUGGGAUUGUCUUGUAGCCACUACCUGCCUGCCUGCCUGCCUGCCAGUGUAGAGGCUCUGAAAGGCUCCUUUCACAGCAGCCUGCCUUUGAAACUCCUCUGCACCCCUGAAGGUGAUAAGGGAGGUGAGAUACAGGUUGAGCAGGAGGUUCCAGUAUGGUGUAGCCUCUGUGACUGACCUUUCCUUUUUUAAAAUUAAAAACCCCCAAACAACCAAAACCAUUUAACAAAAUACUGGUACAGUUUUUAAAAACACGGGCCAGUCACCUGAAUUCCUGGAAAGAUGAUGGGAUGGCUCAUCCUGCAGUCUGUCUCUAAGCACGUGGAAGACAAGACAGUUAUCAGGAAUAGUCACCAUGGAUUCACCAAAGGGGAUUCAUGCUUAAUCAAUCUGAUUACCUUCUGUGAUGGGACAACUGGCUGAAUAGACAAGGGAGAGCCAUGGAUUUUGUCUACAUGGGCUUUAGCCAGGCUUUUGCCAAUGUCUCCCAUGGUGCCCUCAUAGGCAAGCUCAGAAAUUGUGAGCUGGAUGAGUGGAUGGUGAGGUGGAUUGAGCACUGGUCUAGUUUCGGGGCUGUCACUGGUUGUGUCCCCCAGGGUUCAAUGCUGGGCCCAGUAUUCUUUAACUUAUCCAUCAGUGACUUGGAUGAAGGGGCAGAUGUCUCCUCAGCAAGUUCACUGGUGGCACAAAGCCGGGAGGAGCAGCCAGUACCCCAGAGGGCUGUGCAGCCCUUCUGAAGGACCUGGGCAGGCUGGAGAGGGGGAGAGGAAUAGUCUGAAAUUCAGCAAAGACAAGUGCAGAUCUGGGGAGGAAUAACCCUGGGGACCAGUACAGGGUGGGGGUGACCUGUUGGAAGGCAGCUCUGCAGAGAAGGAUCUGGGGGUCCUGGAGGACAGCAAGCUGUCCAUGAACCAACAGUGGCUGGGAUAACAGGGAAUACUUUUGUAGCAUUUCCAUUUUCAAGGAUGUCAGCUGGUGCAGAAGUAGAUGGAGUUGUUGGCUGGAUGCCAGGCCCUGAGCAGCUGUGUGCUAAGACAAGGUGCUGAGCCUGCCAACCCCAAAUUCUCCCAAUUCCAGUGAGUUAUUGUAACCAUCUAUGUCCUGGGAAGUAAAAAAAGUCUUCAGCUCUCAUGGCCGUCAGCAGAGACUCUGCAAGAUUAUGCUGGAAAAUCUGUAUCAUGUAAUUGAGGAAUAUUUAAAAACAGAGUAAAGGGGUAGAAUUGAAAUCCAGAAUGUGUUUCAGUGAUGUAUUCACUGGCCAUCUGGGGUAUCUAUGCCAGCUAUGCAGUGUGCACGUAUGUUUGGGUUUUGUUUGUUUUUUAAACUCUGAAUGGCAUUAUUUGUUUGAGAAUAUUUUCCAAGUUGAAGUAAAGGAAUGCUUUUUAUUAUGUGAGUAUCUGCAAUCAGACUGGGUAGGGAAAAGACUGCCAGAUACCUCCAGGAAGGUAGAAAUAAUGGUGUUCAAAACCUUCAGCUCCCAUUCUCUGCUGUAUUAUAGGAACACCUUGUAUACUGCCUGUGGUUAGUUAUUCUCUACAGCAGUGUGAGUGGGAUCUUGGAACCAACCCAGAAAGGCAUCCUGCUUGCUGAACUUCUGAUCAGUGUGAGUCACCAGCCCUUCUGCAGAGGUUGCAGCGUGCUGUCCUGACAGCUCUUCACAGCAGUUGUUUCUAGUAGAUGCUUGGUGACGUGUCUGCAGGGAUGCAGGGAUUGAUCCUGGGAGCAGAUGUUCCCAGGCAGAGGUGAGGUGAAGGCCCUGCUCAGAAUGCCCCUCUGCUGCUUUUCACUGGCCUGUUUCCUAAAUACCAGCUCUCCACACUGCCCCAGCUCGGCUGGGCUGGAACUCUCUGAAGAGCUGUGCACAGAUGUCCUCUGGAAGCCCACGCAGAAGGAUCAGUGUGGGAUGGGUGACUGCAGGCAGAGGUUUUCCGGCUGGCAGCUGCUGGGAAGAGACACAUUAGCUUCAUGUGGAGGGAGAGCCUCCAGGGCAGCCUCCAGACCCACGCUGUUGUGUGGGCUGCCCUCACAGAUUGCAUACACAGACCUCCAUGCUGAGACUCGCUGUGGCACAGGGCUGUCCUCUGUCAGCUGGCAUUAGUUACUGUGAUCUCAUGGCUUUCUUAAGGCAGUCCAUCCAGGUCCUAUGGCUGAACAUAAACAAGUGGCUGGCAGGUACCUGGGCAGUAAGCCUGGUGGGGCUGUGCUGGUGGCAGGCUGCAGCACCGUGCCGUGACCUCACUCGUAUCUCCCCGUGAGUGGGACGGCAGUGGCUGAUGUCUCCCGGGGCAGAUUUCCCCCCUGUGCUGCACAGGGCUUUGUCUUUGGCUCACAGGCGUCGGGCGCUUCCUGGCACUGGCGCAGCUGGGAGGGGGCGCUUGCCGGGAGCUGUGCUGGCAGAGCCGGGCGGGCAGCGCUGCCGGGAGCACUGAUGGAGGGCGAGGGGACACCUACCCCGGGGGGCCCGAGCUCAUCGGGUGCUGCUGAAAAUGGCUCCAACCUUGAUGAAGAGCCUCUACUCAGAAAAAAUCACCGCCGGUUUGUCAUCUUCCCCAUCCAGUAUCCGGACAUAUGGAAGAUGUAUAAGCAGGCUCAGGCCUCCUUUUGGACAGCAGAAGAGGUUGAUUUGUCAAAGGACCUUCCUCACUGGAACAAGCUGAAAGCAGAUGAAAAAUACUUUAUCUCUCACGUUCUGGCAUUUUUUGCAGCCAGUGAUGGAAUUGUAAAUGAAAACCUGGUGGCACGUUUUAGUCAGGAGGUGCAGAUCCCAGAAGCUCGUUGUUUCUAUGGCUUUCAGAUUCUCAUUGAGAAUGUUCACUCAGAGAUGUACAGCUUGCUCAUAGACACCUACAUCAAAGAUCCCAAGAAAAGGGAUUUCUUGUUUAAUGCUAUUGAAACAAUGCCUUGUGUUAAGAAGAAAGCAGACUGGGCUCUGAAGUGGAUUGAAGACCGAGAAUCCACUUUUGGUGAGAGAGUGGUUGCCUUUGCUGCAGUGGAAGGCAUCUUCUUUUCGGGUUCCUUUGCUGCUAUAUUUUGGCUGAAGAAGAGGGGCCUGAUGCCUGGACUGACUUUCUCCAAUGAACUUAUUAGCAGAGAUGAGGGCCUGCACUGUGAUUUUGCUUGUCUAAUGUUCCAUUAUUUAGUGAACAGACCAUCAGAAGAGCGAGUCUGUGAGAUCAUCGUUAAUGCUGUAGAAAUUGAGCAGGAGUUUCUAACUGAGGCAUUACCUGUGGGUCUGAUUGGAAUGAAUUGCACCUUGAUGAAACAAUACAUUGAAUUUGUUGCAGACCGGUUACUAAUGGAGCUUGGGUUCUCAAAGGUCUUUAAUGCAGAAAAUCCUUUUGAUUUCAUGGAGAAUAUUUCUCUGGAAGGAAAAACAAAUUUCUUUGAGAAGCGGGUUUCGGAAUAUCAACGUUUUGCUGUUAUGGCAGAAACAAUGGACAAUGUCUUCACUCUGGAUGCAGAUUUUUGACAAAUUGGCAAAUGAAUGGUGACAGUUUCCUUCUCCUCAUCUCCCUUUAUGCUGUGAAGUUGACUUAAUUUCUUCUCAUGGAAAUCAGAGUCUACUGGGAUAUUUUUCAUGGGUUUUCAUGUUGCUUGUCAGAGGAGUAAAUAUAUUUCUCUCUGUGUCAUUUGAAAAAGGAAAGGGGGAUCAUUUGUAAAAAAUUUAUAUGGCUUUGUAAAAGGAGGGCCUUUCUAAGAUUCCCUUGACUCAUCUGCUGUCAAUGCUGUCUUUAAAAAUGACAUAGUAUGGAUGCUACUACUUUUUUAAGACUUUGGUAGUGUUUUAAGAAAGCAAGCUGCGUAUUUACCUCAUGUUAUGGUAUUUUAAUCUGAAAACCAGCUGAGGUAUCACUCCAUGUAAAAAUGUUGCUAUAAAUUAUUUUCCUGUUUUCUGUUUUCAUGUUUAUAGAUGCGGUAUAGAGUAAAAGCUCUUCUGUUUCAUCUUGUUGCAGAUACAGUAAUAAUUGAAUAUGGGAAAACCUUAAUGAGGUCUGAACUAUUGAAUAUUAUUAAACCUGGGAAUUAAUUGUGAUCUCCCCAUUAACCUGGAUUCUGUCUGGAAAAAGUUUUACGCGGGUUGGAAAACUGAUGGGUCUUGGUAGGCAUUUAAUUCAAAUACAGGUGAUUCUUGUCUUACAGCUGUUACUGAACAGGGCAGUGGACUUUGAAUAGCCCUUGAAAAGGCACACCUGUUAACAGUGGAGUAAAACCACAUCCUGUAGUUCUUUGGCUUAUGCUGCCUGUUUUUCCGUGCUUCACUGAUCAAGUGCCUUAUUAAGCAGUCUGUAGUUGUAUUUGUAAUCAUCUGACACUGAAACAGCCAGCUCUGGGUGUUGUCCAUCUCCCCUUGUUGUGCUGGGUGGUUUGAUAUUCUCCCCUUCUUGGUUGCACUUGUGCACUGUAGGGGUGAGAAGACGUGUCAUUCCAGGGGAUUAUUCCUUGAGGUGCUACAAACAGACUACUGGGGCUGUAAGGAAGCACCCAGUAAUGUAUGAAGGUACAUCAGGUUGCGUGUCUGAUGUGAAUCAUUGGAACCAUUGUCACAGAAGAGCUUCUGACAGAAGGUAUUAAACAUUACAAAAACAAACCAGAUGUAGUAUGGAGUAGCAGCAUCUUACAAAGGGCUGUUGUUUGGUUUUUGAUUGUGUGCCUGAAAACUGUUUGUAAUUUUUUGAUACCACAUGGAGAGAAUGGAGCGAUUGAAGAGUGGCUAACGGGCCACAGUGGUACUUGGGGUGGAAGGGAUGCUAUUCAGCUGUACCUGGCUUAUCUGCAAAUAAAUAGGCUCUUUUUCCAAGAUGAAGUGAGCAUACAAGAGCUAGACAAAGGGUUCUGCUUUAUUAAACCCAAGCAUUUUUCAUAAUAUUCAGCAUUUUGUGGAAGAGCUUUUCUAAGUCUUACUACUGCAAAUAUCUUGUGCUGCUUUUUGCCAAACUGACAGCCCAGGGUUAUCAGUGAUGGGGUAGCACAAGUGUUAUUUCCCUGCCAGCCCAGAUCAGCCAUAGUCCGGGGUACCUGAGUUCCAUGAAACAGGUCCACUGCCUUAGCAUAGUUCCUAGUGAACAACUGUCCCUGCUGUAAAAAUAAGCAGCAAAAUUCACUCUGUUUUUUUAGUUUCUGUAAAAGAUCAGGAGUAUGUACUGAGCAUGGAAACAGAUUUUUUUUCCCUAGAGGAGAGCCUGCAUCAUUUGACAUAAGGUGCUCGGAAGAGGGCAGAGUGGAACAUUGAGAAUACGGAGAAAAGCUGGAACUGGUGGUCCUCGCUAACAUCCUGGAACUGCAAGAGAACUGUGGACUCAGAGGGAAAACUCAGUGCCUCUUGGAAAUACUGAGUUGAUAGGGCAGAAAGAGCAAAUACUGUAAAUGGGUCUGUUGUUGGAGUAAUGGAACCUAUUAUGUCACUGAAAGUAUUAAAAAGUAUUUAUUUUGAGUCUUGUGAAUUCUGAUGAGAGUGUAGAGAGUAUUCUAAUAUGAAACUGCAAUGUGCUCAGGUUCUGUAAAUGUAUAUGAGAUACCAAAGUCUGAUACAAUGGCUCCCACUUGAUUUGUGUGUAAAAUAUGUGUGUAGUUUCAAUAAAGUUUGAGUGUGGGGAAGCCCAUGCCUUCAUUUACAAGUUA